GGGGUCAUCAUUUUCAUCAGUCUCAUGUCCUUGUGUCUGUGUGAGUGACUGUCUAUGGUGCUAAGUUCUCUCUCGACGAUCACCAUGUUCACCACUACGAGGAGGAUGGUGAUCACUACACUGCUGCUACUGGGUGUUAUUGGUCACCUGCCUGUGUUCUGUGCGGAGGACUUGACCAACUCUACCGGGGACUACAACGAGGAGGGGGAGGACGAGGACGAGUGUUCUCCCAAGGUCGCCGACAGGUGCUUCAAUGACGUCCAGGAGAACCUUCUCUGUUACGUCGACACUCCCGUCAACCGUAACUGUACUUAUAGGGAUCCUCGCGACUUUUGUGAGGGGAUGGAAGACGCGCUAAACUGCACGGCGGACAUCAUAGACACUGGGUGCUCAGUGAAGGAAGGCAGAGACACGUUCGACAUCUGGCUCAAGGGGCUGAGGGCCGUCCACCGUAACUUCUGCGACACUGACGACCUCACCAUUAUCACCGACCUGCUCGAGAGUUCCAACUGCUGGAAGUUCAAGAAGUUCAUCAGGUGUGUGGAGGACGAGGUCAACGUGACACACGUCAGCGACCUCCUCACCACCAAGCUUGACAGAUUCGAGUGCAACUGGAUCCAGUUGUCCGUGGGAGCCUGUAACGCCAAUGCAGAGAAGAACAACAUGAGGUGUCGCGGGAGGGCGGAGGCGGUGCAGGAGGCCAUCGCUGUCUUCUUCGCUGCCACCUCCUGCGGCCACGAACUCUGUGCCAACUUUUCCCCACUGCAGGAUGACCAACAGAAAGUUACAGGCGGCAACGGUAGCCAACAGACGGGAGGCAACAGUAACACCAGUGGCGGGUCAUCGGUAGGCUCGGCAGUGGUGUCAACGCUGGUGGUGAUAGUGGUGGUGAUGAGUUUGGUGAUGCUUAUUCUGGUGAAGCAUCGUGUCCUCACCUUCAAACGCCUGCCUCGGCUCUGUCCUUCCUCCUCCUCUAACAUUAUCGGUUCAUCCUCUACUUCCUCCUGCAAUGAUCAGAAUGAUGAGUAUGAUAGAUUUGAAUAGUAGUAGUAGUAGUAGUAGCGAGUAUGUAGUCGUAGAGGUAGUGUUGGUAGUAGUAGUAGUAGUAGUUAGUAAGUGAUAGUAGUAGAAAGUAGCAAGUAAGUAGUCGUAGAAGUGGUAAGUAAUAAUAAUGUUGGUAGCAGUAAUAGUAGUAGUGUAACUAUGACCACCACUACGACAAGGUUCCAAUAAUGUAGUUACAAGACUCUGCUUCUAAAAGAGACUUCAACAACAUUAACUAAACUCCCCCUUUAUGUAUGAAGAAAUACGAACACACGUGUACAGUAAUUGCUUCCAUGAAGCUAUCAAGACAAACAGAUCAACAUGGCGUCUAAUUUACAGAGACUCGACUGUAUAGCCUUUAACAUUAUCUUUCCCCUAAUUAGAACGCAAAUACAAUACCAGUUUCUUAUUUAAGUUCCAUAGUCUUAAGAGUUUCGUGUGGAGAUGAGAAAACGGAUCCCAUUACUGCAGCCUUCAGGUAAAAUACACAAAAAUAAUAUGGUAUCAAAAUUAAAUUGAAACUUUAACUAGAUACGUUCUUUUAGGGUACAAAAUAAUACUAAAAGUCAAUACAUUAAAGAGAAACGUUCACUUUAGCAUCAGUUAAGGACGAAACUAUCAUUUAACAAACAAACACAAAAUUCCCUUAGCAAUAAUUUAGGAACACACAAAUCAAGGUUUCAGAUGAGUACCUUAAUCCGUGCUGCUGGGUCACUGAGUUUGAUCUGACGAGAAAGAAAUAAAACUCUACCAAAGGUUUAUUUAUAAGUUAUGAACGUAUCUGUGUUGGAUGUUAAGCUGUGAGAACAUCUUGUGGGAGUGUUAUGUGCCUGUGAAUAUUCUGAUCCAUGUGAAGAAACAAAAGCAGAUAAGUGAGUGAAUUUCUGACAAGCAAGUAAACAAAAUAAUGAACUCACAAUUAAGAUAAAAAACCAAAAUAGUGAAUGAAACUAAUACAAACAGUGUCAAAGAGAUAAACAGAGAUAAACAGUGUAUAUAAAGCAAUAAAUUGAUAGAAAUAACAAAAGUGAAUGAUAAUCUGACAUCUAAUUAGAAACUCCAAUAAAUAUAAAGCUUGAAUAGAUAAACAGAUUGAUAACUGGAUAUCGUGGAACCUUCAUCUGUCACUUGUCGUUUAUGUAAAAUUCCUGUCAGAGUUGAUGCAGAUUCCAGCUACUUAUUACAUGUGUGUGGUUAAUGUUUGGUGAGUGUGAGAAGCAUCAAGUGUGGCCUCUCGCUGUCACCUCUCACUGGCUUCGUCUCUAUGCUAGUUUGUCUUACGAAAGUUUCAUUUGCAUUAUGAUUGACAUAAUUAUGAGCUCAAACUGUUAAAGAUUUACUACUGUGGUUCUAGGUUAGUUUUAUUUAAUGAUAUAAACUCAAGUGAUAAUAUAAUUUAGCUUAUAACCUUUGUGCAUUAUAUACAGUAUAUAAGGUACAGUCCCCUUCACUGGUGCGUUUACAGAGGCUCGGCAUAUAAACAGUACACAAAUCAUUAUCUUUGAGAUAUUUGUUUUAAUAUUAUUGUAAUUUGAUUCCAUACUAUUACGGUUUCCUUCCGUCGAAUGUAAACAAACACAGCGGCGCUGCCACUGCAUAAAACCUGACGACCCCCCCCCUGUAAACGCACUAGUGAAGGAGACUGUACAUGUGUAUAAAGUACUAUUAUUAGACAAUAUAAAUAUAAAACUAUAUAAUAUCUCUACCGUAUAUAUAUAACGUUUUCUUUAGUAUUAUUGUUUAUGUUACGCUCACAGGAUAUCUUCACCAUUUGUUUACUUUGUUAAACUGUCAAUAAAGACGAAGACAUUU